UUCCCCCCCGCUCAGGGCGUCCACUUCCGCACCCGCGCGACCCGCACACCGCGCCAUGGUGGGGCAACGGCUGCAGAAAUACCUCGCGGACUUCGGCCUGGAGCCGCGCGACGUGGGCACCGUGAUCACUACCUUCCUGGGUGCCAAGUACGUGACCCUCUGUGUCUUCAUUGGUUUCGGCGCUCGGUUUCAACCCAUGCGACGUCUCUUCCCACGCCCCAGUAAUGGCGCGUGGACGCGAUGGACCCAAGUGAAGAGUUGGGCCAUCAAGACCCCCCCGGCGCAAUCUGCAAGGACCAGAUGGGGUGGAUGGUACGGUUGGGCAGCGGAGCACUACUGGCAGUUGUCCGAUAAGAUGCAGGCAUCGCUUGACAAGAAUCGCAUCUGGCAGGUUUUGGCCUCCAAGACGGGCAUGAAACCGGGCCAGUUGGUGCUCGGUGUGGCGGAAGGGACGAUCCUAUGCAAAGUGAGUUUUCCAAUCUGGGGUCCUUUGGAGCUUUGGAUCAUCAUGAACGUCUUGCGGCGCCGGCGGCGACAGACGGCGGAUCUCUACGAGGAGUAUUCCCGAGCGGCAGAAGCCACGGAGGAUGCAGCCAAGAUUUCGCCGGGCUUCCUGUGACGUCCCUGACACACUUUGAAUCACAACUGGUGGCCGAAUGCCUAGG